ACCAUGUUUGGGAAAGACACAACAUGUCCAUCACAAACCUGGCAGCUUGUAUUAAGUGCAGGGUUUUUUUUGUUCUGCUUUUAGUGUCUUGAACAUAGGAAUUCUCUGACCUGGUCUGUGCAAGGUUUAUCCAUUGAAUUCUGCCAAUGUAAUUAUUACAGUAGUCUCUCUCUCUCUCUGUCUCUGUCUUCUCUCAGGAUAGAUCAACUUAUUUCUCAGAGGUUGGCAGAACUGUGCAGAGAGUAAGGCAAUCCUGUGGCAACAAGAAGCUGCAGAUAUGUCAGGAGCACACGUGCCAUGCUGAUUCAAAGAGGAACAGUCAGUCGGCUGUGUUGGGGCAGUCUUAUCCACACAAGUCAUGCAUCUCCCGAGUGCCCUUAAGACUCCUAAUCAAAGUAAAUGGCCAGAGAGAUGGUUUGGGCAUCAGCAUUGCAGGAGGCAAGGGCUCCUUGCCCUACAUAAAGAAUGAUGAGGGGAUCUUCAUUUCCAGAGUGAGCAAAGGAGGGCCAGCCGAGAAGGCAGGGGUGCAUAUUGGAGACAGAGUACUAGAGGUAAUGUUACUUUAUAGAGAAUGAAAAAAACAACAACGGCUUUAUAGAAACAUUUUUACCAGUUGCACUUGGGUUAUAUUCCACUACAUGGAGAUAUUUCUCCACUGGCCAUUGGAGGUCAUCAUCACAUAGGCGCUGAUUUAGUAAAUGCCUUGGAGACUUUAUCAGAAACAACCAAUCAGUUUAUUUGAAUAAGGUUCUAUUGAGGGUUCACAUAAUUUAUAUGCAUAAAUUACACAUAAUGUACAUCCAAGGUGUUUGGAUGUCAGUCCGUGUUAGUCCCGUGCUCCAUAAUAUCCUCCACAGAGCCUUCAGAUUUUUCUCCUAAUUUCUCCUGCCGAUUAGUUUCUCACUUCAGCCUCAUGGCCGCAGGGUCACCUGCCAAUCUGUGUCUAAUUUCAUCUUCAUGCCCAUAGGUCAAUGGGCGGAAUAUGCAGGGGGUCAGCCACAAUGCGGCGGUCAGCACCCUGCGGCAGGCAGGCAGCUGUAUUAAGAUGAAAGUCCUGCGGCAGAAUCUUGAACCCGCAGAGGAUCGAGCAACCCAGGAGCCUGAAGACUCAAAAACAGGGCUUUUGAUUGGUUGCAAGGAGACUGAACUUGAUUGCAGCUCUAUAGCCAACAGGACUGAGGCUGUGGUCUGCAAUGGCAAGGGCUUGAGUGACCUGGCACAAGAGAAAACACCAGGAAAAGACUGGCACGACUUGUUUAAAAACAACAGUCUGCGGGUUGGGCAACACAACAUGACGAUACCUCGGAUUAUUCUGACUCAUCCCUCUACCUCAGAUGAAGAUGUGGACGGGCUGGCACUAAGUGACCUUGAUGAAAUGAAUAAUCCUGAUAACCACAUCUAUUCGGACCUAAAUAGUGCCUUUUAUCCACCAUGAAAAAUUUGAAAACACUGAUUACAUGAGAAACCCAGUCACACCAAUUUCUCUCUGUCCGUAAAGACUUAACCCUGUACAGAGGUGUAGCUCUUCUAACUGUGUUCAUUUUGCUGUCAUUGAUAUAAUGAAUGUAAUUUAUAUGUAGGAUAAAGUGUUAUUAUCUUUGCCUGGCAAUAAGACACGGUUAAUGUGGCGCAUACUCUGCAAUUUGCGUUACCAUCAGCAUUACCCUCAGAUCUUAUUCACAUUUAAAAUACAGUGAAUUGUCCUUCAUAUUUGGGUGUCAAAAGUUAAUGAACUAAAAUGGAAAGUAGGUGCUAAUCAUGGUCUAAAAAGCAGCACAUGUCUUUCCUAAGUAGAUUAAACUGCAGUGCCUGGAGUUAUCUAGCUUGGCUGAUCACUGCCCAAUUAUUCUACCAGCCUUUGAGUUAUAUUUAAUGUCUGCAAGGCAUGUGGAUUGCAUUUGCAUGAAUGGAAAUUAUUUCAGGGUGUCUUGUUUGUGCUAAAGAGGGCCUUUGACGAAGAUUUUAAAGUGGAAAUUGAAGAAGAUGACCU